UUCUGUAUACAUAUAUGUUUCGAUUUUUUUCCAUCAAGCCAACUAGACAGCAAGACACGGAGACAAAAAAUAAUAUGUCUGCAUUCUUUUGCAAAUCGGAACAACCGAGCACAGAUAGAUGGCAGUUCUUGUAUCUUGUUGGCCAACACCGAGAUAGUGAGAGUACGCCACUACCAUAGUGGCGUUGAUAAUAAUAACGCGAUUCAAUCAUAUAUUCUUAGUAGGAAUUGUCUGCCAAAGAGUGUUUUGAUGUCAGAUUAUACUUUAUAACAGAUCGUACUGUAUUCAUAUACUGUAGUUUUAUAUCAAAAAAUUUAUCAGUGAAGUAUAACUGCUGAUGAUACUUGUGCAAACAUAAUGGAAGAGUCAAAGAAUAAAGUGCAACAUUUGAACGACGUUGAAUAUGUAAAGUUUGCCAAAGAAGCAUUCGAUCGGAAAUUAUUCCCGGACGACUUCGACAAUCGGACACUGCGAGAACAAUGUACCUGGAUAACUGAGAAUAGUGUUAAAGUCUUUCCAAACAUCCCACAAUCCUUGGUAAACUUGUUACCGGCCUCCUAUCACGAAAUAAAUUAUGACCGAUCGCUACUGGAAAAACCUAUAUGGUUGGACAUGAAUAAAUAUCGCAGAGGACACAAAUUUGUGAACGAUCAUUAUGGUUCGGUGGCAAUUGCCAUGUUGCUGGGAAUUAUGCAGGUCUACAGUUUCGACUAUGCUCUGAAACCAAUGAUUGUAUCAAAACGUUCAGACACGCCAUAUUUAGGAUUCAAAAGAUAUUUGUCGACCGUACGACGAAUCUUAAGCUGGUUCAACGGAGAGCCAUGGAUCAAAGGAACAGCAGCUUAUAACGACAUGCAAUACGCACGUAAAAUGCAUUAUUUUAUGAGAAAACAAUUGCGCGAACUCACCCAUGAAGAAAUCGACAAUUUGUCUAAUAUUGCGGAACCGUGGUGUCCCGAUCGCGAGUUACUGUUAAAGGAUUUUGCUGCUGCGUGUCCAUUUCAGAAGAUCGAGUACCGUCCCUACAUCGUGAUGAGCAAAUCGUCGCAUAAACCGAAAGGAAUAAAUAACGCGGAUUCGGCAGUUGUUCAAUGUAGUUUCGCAAGUAUGGUUCUACUCUUUUCGCAAUAUCUUGGAAUACAUGAUGCGACUGAUGAAGAUCUAGAAGCUUUUGCUCACAUGUGGAGAUGUUACGGAUAUUGUCUCGGAAUAGAAGAUGAGUAUAACUUUUGUCGUGGUAGCCUCGAUGAAAUAAAGCAACGUACACGAGAUGUGUAUGAAAAGUGGAUAAUUUAUAAUUUGAAGGAUAUUUCACCGGAAUGGGAACACAUGACGAGAUGUCUCGUCGAAUCUGUCAAUUACUAUCCUCUCGUGUACGCGCCUUAUAAAGUAGUGGUAUUAUUAUCUACAGACAUAUUAAAUUUAAAUAUGUCUAAUUUAUACGCAUCUCUCAGUUUUGCAGAAUGGAUAGCUUACAAAAGUUGGACAUUUCUACUACGUCAUGGUUUAAAAGUUUCCUUCAUUCGAUAUAUCUUUAACAAAAUAAUGCAUAACGUACUGAAUGCAGCGGCGAAUUUCAGUUCAGAAAAGCUAGCAAAAAUUCAAGAACAAUCAAAUAAACAGUUAAAAAAAACAAAGGCGUAAAAGCCUGUAUAGUAAUAUACAUACACCAAUGUUAUAAUGGUUAAGGAUAAAACGCGCAUGCGUGUGUGGAUAAAUUAGUUUAGUUGCAAGGUAGUGGAUAUAUAAGUUAGUGUUAAGGUAUUUUAGUUAAAAUAGUUUUUUAAAGUAGUGUGUAAGUUAUUAAGAUUGACGUGGUGUGAUGUAAAGAAAAUGUAACUCUAAGGAGAACUUAAUAAAUAUUCAUCCAUCAAUGUUAUGGAAAAAGCAUAAUUUCA